UGGAUUGUGAAGCUGUAGCGAUGCUUUGAUAAAAGCAAAAACAUGAGUGAAGAGCUAAAUAAUGGCGCCCUCCGUCUAGCUGUGGCACAGAUAUGUCAGUCCAUGGGAUGGGAUGCUUUGAACAAGUCAACUCAUGAUCUGUURACCGAAGUUUUGCAAAAGUACAUGUUGGAAAUAGCAAAGUGUGCUCACGAGUACUCCCAACUCUAUUGUCACACUGAACCAAGUUUAGAUGACUUAGGACUGGCAUUCAAACAGACAGGGGUGCUUCUCCAUGAACUAGAGGACUUUGUCAGCCAGGUAGACCAAGUGCCAUUUAGUUAUCAGUUGCCACAGUUUCCAAUGCCAAAGCCUAACCUGCUUCAGCACCCUCAUAAAGAAGACAUACUUGAUCGGCCAGAGUUCUAUCAUGACCAUUUGCCUCCCCUCAUCAAGGCUUUACAACAAAAUGAAGAUGAAAGAGAAGGAAGCAAAGACAAAAACAUAGGAAUACAAGAUCCUGCAUCUCAAACAUUUUUAAGAAAUGAAAUCAAGACAGUGGGAAAAGAAACUGAAGCUGAAAUCAUUGAAAAUUCACCUGAUAAAAGACCACACAUCACGUCAUCUCCAGAUGUUGCUGAAGCAGACUCAAAGAGACGACGUUUGGAGGGACCUUUCGGGAAGCACUCUAAAGAGAGCAGUCUUGAUAUCUUACAGGUUCUCCAAGAGAAAAACAGUUCCAACACUUUAUCGCCUAUUUCCCCGGAUUUUGUACCAGAUAAGGUUCAAAAACCAAUGUUCACCUUCGCAAGUACUUCAGGACCAGCCCCUCCUGUUUUAUCUAUCAGUAAUGUUACGAAAAAAGACACAAAAACUGAUAAAACUAGUAACAAAGAUAAGAAUUUACUAUCACCGCCUAAACAGAAAUCUUUAACUUCAAAGCAAUCCAUUGCUUCUUUGGAGAAAACCCCCGAUAAAUCAAAAACUAAUGUUUUAGAAGGAUUAUCUAGUAAAAAGGGUAGUGUAUCAGGUUCAAUUCCAUCAGAUAAAUCCCUUCAACUACAAUUUUCAAAGCCAAAAACACCAAAGAAGGAUAAGUCAAAAGCAUCUCCUGCAGAAAGCCAGCCUAAACCAAAAGAGAAAGCAAACCUGCCGUCAUCAUCAUCACUAAGUCCUGUAAUUCCAAGUAAAUCACAAAUACCAACACAACAAGAACAACUUAUGCCAAAGCUUAUUAUCAAACCCAUGAAACUUGAAAAGAACCAAACAUCAGAAUAUUCAGUGUCAUCAGUUCCAGUUGAUGAGAAUUUAGGAUUAAAAAAAAGCAAAACAUCAAUUGCUAGUGAUCUAAAAUCCAAGAAGAAAAAGAAAAAGAAGGGUGUUGAUAUAUUGCAAAACCAGCCAUCUGGCCAAGGGCUCCCAGUGCAUGGACCUGUGGGGASUAGUGCUGAAGAACCAAGUACUUCUAGCAGUUUACUCAGUCCUUCUAAUAAUCCAACAAUAGUAGGGGAGGUCACUAAAAAGAAGAAAAAGAAACACAAAGAAAAGGAUAGAGAGAAAAGCAAACCUAAAAAGUUGAAGGAGUCUGCUAGCAAGGAGACUUCGGCUCAUAUCCCUACCAUAAAACUGAAGCUAGAAAACACACCUACCACUACUAUACCAAGCCAAACAAUUCCUACUGCCAAGAUUAACGUUGUGCAAAGUGAAGCACCAACUAUCAAAAUCAAAACUGAAACAAAAGAAAUGCAAAGGACUGUCAUCACAGAAACACUUUCAAGUACUGUGCAAGUAUACUAUUGCCCAGCAUGUGGUUUGCCAGAUGAUGGGAGUUUUAUGAUUGGCUGUGAUACAUGCGACAGCUGGUAUCAUGGUGCCUGUGUUGGCAUUUUGGAUGACCCAGGUGGAGACUGGUUCUGUGAAAUUUGUCUUGGAAAGAAAGCCAAAAAGAAAAAGAAGAAGAAAAAGCAAAGACAAGAUUUGGAAUAAAAUAAUAUAGGUUUAAAUAAUAACAAUCAAAUAUUAAGAUAGCAUGAAUAGUCCAUUGUACAUAAAGUAUUGAAAAUACUAAUAUCAUUUACACGUAUAAUUUCAAAACAUUGUAAUGCCACAUAAAAUUGUACAGAAUUAAAAUGUUUUUAACUUCCUGAUUGUA